UAUACCUCAGGGUCAUGUUUGCCCUUGGCAAAUCUCAGCACACAGUACCAUCAAUAAUAGGUUGUACUCCCAUGGGGAGCCAGGUUCAAGUACCAACAUGACAUGCCGUAAAUGGGUAGAGUGGACUUGACUCAAUGGGUCAAUAUGCCAAUGAUCCGGACUUUGGAACCAGAAUGAAAAAUAACAGGUUAGUAACAAGUUAUGAAUUUAUUGCAAAGCAAUAUUAAUGGCACUUUAUUGAUGGUGGAUUUAACAACCGGAAUAACAAUCGACUUUGCUAUUGUGGGGGAUGUUUCAGACUAUAUAAAACCAGGCAGAGGGCAUGUCUUCAAAUCAUCUUAGUCAAGACUGCUUGUUGACUGCUUUUUGUGCCCGUUUUGAAAAGAAAUAUGAAGGUAGGGUAUUAAAAAAAGAAGUUUAUGUUAGUUGUUAUGAUUGUAGCAGUUGGGGUGGAAGAGGUAGAAUUAGACGACUGCUUAAAUAAAUUCUUGACAAAACUUCUUGUAGUUUAGGGUACAAUUGUAGGUCCUCUUUUAAACCUUAUGUAUCCACAACUGUAAGCGUUUUAUUUUGUUUGAAAGCAAUUGUAUGAAGGCACUACGUCAGUUGGUCGUCUUGGAUACUGUAUUGUUUUCUUAGAGGGUUUGCACGUGACUUACAGUACUGCAUGUCUGUUGGGCUUUUCCUAAGCUGCUUCUAGUCCUAGUUCUUUAGUUUGCCGAUAUGUUGUUUCUUUAACAACAAUUUUGAAUUCGAUAUUGUUUCCCUUUAGUUUCUCCUAGUCUUCUCUGUGCUGCUUCCGGCAGCUGUGAACUCCCUGAUGUUCCAGCCCCUGGACUGUGCUGAUAUCUACAACAACGGCCAAGAGGAGAGUGGAGUCUACAGGAUCUUCCCAGAGGGUCCUGACUCUGGACGCUAUGUCUACUGUGACAUGGACACGGAAGGAGGAGGAUGGAUUGUGUUCCAGAGGAGAAUGGACGGCACAGUGAACUUCUACAGGGGAUGGGAGGAAUACAAGAAUGGCUUUGGACAUGCUGCAGGAGAGUAUUGGCUAGGCCUUGAGACUAUGCACCUGCUGACUUUGAAGAAGAAAUAUGAGCUGAGAGUGGACAUGGAGGACUUCGAUGGGGUUAAAGUUUUUGCCAACUACUCUUCCUUCGCCAUCUCCCCUGAUACGCUCAAUGGUGAAGAAGAUGGAUACAAGCUUCAAAUUGAUGGUUUUGGAGAUGGUGGAGCAGGUGAGUUUUAUCUAUCUCACAACCUGGUCUGACAAAACUCUCAUUUCCCUGGGGUUCUCCCUCCCCUGUUGUACACCCGUGUCCCACCCCCCUUAACAGUAUUGUCUUGCUACCCUCACCUUAAUA